AGCACGUGACUAUAAAACGGACUCGAGCUCGCGCUUCUACUGGAAUCCGCUCGUCGACUUCAAAAAGCCACACAAGAAUAAAAGAGCGUGCCAGGCGACGGCGGUGUUACGUCGUGGGUCAAUGCUCAUCAUCACAAAGAGGGUUCAAAGUGCAGUACAGCGCUUGGUGGGCGGAUCAAAAAGGGCAAAUUUGCUGUCUCCGUCCUCUUCCUGCGGUUUCUUUGUCACCCUUGGCUGCGCUCCUGCGAGUAUCAAGGCUCACGGCGCCUCAAGAACUCAAGGACCGGAGCCAAGGCGCUGCCCAAGCAUAUAUUCGCACCAGGAAAGCUGCUGGCCGUUGUUGGCGUCUUACUCUAGCGCGCGUGCGUGCCAGAACUCCAGUUGUCAAGAAAUGGCCGAUCAUGAGGUGGCCGGCAAAAUUAUUCUGGACGAGGUCGAGGAGACACUCAAGAAGCUCUUGCUAGAUGUUGCCGAGUUCAUCGAGAAAAACCCACUGCCCUCCGAGGCUGAGACGUCCGCAGUGCUUUUGCCGGACGAGCUCAAAAAGGCACCGUUGGAGCUUCGUUUUGCAGGCGGUUGGGUACGCGACAAACUUCUCGGUACGCCCAGCCACGACAUCGAUGUAGCCAUCAACAAAAUGACCGGUGAGCAGUUCGGGGAACGUCUGAAGGAGUACCUCGACGUGCCGGGAAAUGCUGAAAGAUACGGCCUUGGGGAUGCAAAAAAGAAAGCCGGCAGCCUGACCAAGAUCGAGAAGAACCCGGAGGCCUCCAAGAACCUUGAGACUGUGACAACCAAGAUCCUAGGUCUUGAUGUCGAUUUCGUCAAUCUUCGAAAGGAGACGUAUACGGAAGAAAGCAGAAAUCCCGUGGUCGAGUUCGGCACGCCUGAGGAGGAUGCCCUACGCCGUGACGCAACUAUUAACGCGUUAUUCUACAACAUCACCACAGGACAGCUGGAGGAUUUAACGGGAAGAGGCCUCAGCGACAUGAAGAACAAAAUUAUUCGCACACCCCUAGAGCCAUACACCACGUUCAAAGACGAUCCCCUUCGCGUGCUUAGACUGAUCCGGUUUGCAAGCCGGCUCGGGUACGAAAUCGACGCCGAGACGAAGAAAUUCAUGGGCAACGAGGACAUAAGGAAAUUCUUCCUUGCCAAGAUUACCAAGGAGCGCGUAUGGACCGAAUUUGAAAAGAUGCUCAAGGGCCCCGAUCCAAGGAGAGCGCUGUCCAUUAUCCACGAACUUGAUCUGUAUCGCACAAUUUUUAUUGACCCCGCGAAUCCAAAGCUCUAUGAACCCGACACGAAGAACUGGGCGGAAGCAUACAAUACAUGGCAUGACCUCCUAGACGAUGGCAAUGAGCUUGCCUCAACCCUUGUGAAAAGCAAAGACGAGUGCUUCUUAUCUUGGUUUCUUGCUUCCAUGAUUCCCUGGGCUGAUGCGCCAGAGCCGACCCCUCUAAAAUCCGGCAAAAUCCCACCUCCUCUAGCUACCCAGGUCGCGGUCGCCGCAUUCAAGCCGCCAAACCAUGUUCUGAACGUGCUGACACCAAGCAUAGCGCAUCUGCUCGCGAUCCGUGAGAUCAAAGAUCGACGAGAAAAGGCACGGGAUUCGCUGGGCAUGGCAAUCAGACGCUGGGGUGCUAGCUGGCGAUCGCAGGUCAUAUUUGCAAUGCUUUAUGAGAUCUACACGGAGCCUGGCAAGAAGGCAGACAUUCUCGCACAUUACUCUGAAUUCAUGGCACAUAUCACAUCCCUUGGCAUACUAGAUGCCCACCUUUUCAAGCCCCUCGUUGAUGGAACUGCCCUUGCUAAGGCUCUGAACGCCAAACCAGGACCCUGGAUGAAGGCCGCGCUUGACGUCGUCAUGGCCUGGCAGCUCCGUAAUCCAGACAUCACCGACCCGGCCGCGGCUAUCGAAGAAGUAAAGUUGUCCGAUGUCGUAGACACUUCGACGUUGGCCCCGCCGGCCAAGAAGCAAAAGAAGGGUGAGCUGACCUCCGCCCUUGUGUCACAUCUGUUGCGGGAGACGCUAAAACCUCUUUUCUCUCACAAGGCCAAUCCUGAACUCACUUCAACGGGACGCAGACGCAUCGGGAACACCGCAAAGGCGGUUCGCAAUUACGAAGUGGAAUUUGGAGAUGACGCGAAAUCGCCGUGGAAGGUCACCCACAAUUCGUGGGCGUUGGAUAUCCUAUUGUGGUGUUGCCGUGCUGUAGAUGCGAAGACGCUGGAGUCCGAAUGGGGCUUCAUCAUUCCGCCGCUGCUGGCAAUUCUAGAUGACAUAGAUGCGAGGGCAAGGGCUCGUGGCUGUGAGAUGCUCACUGCUCUGCUGGCUAACUGUCCUCCUGAGCUUCUAAAGCGUACGGGACUUGCGCCAUUAUUCGAAGAGUCGCUAUAUGCAUCCGUCACCUUUCUGCCAUCGUUAACUCCUGAAGAAGAGUCGGUUGUGCUGCUUGAUAAAGCGUUACCCGCCCUGUUAGUUUUGGCGGAGAAAUCAAAUUCAUCAUAUGACACAAGUAAGCCAGCACAGGGUUCAGCGCGACAGAAGAGUCUCGACGGCGUGCUUCGUAAGGGGAUCCUUCAGCCGUACUCGCAUGCUGGUGAACAUGUUCGCAUCGCCGAAAUUCUGCUCCGACAGCUUCCACCAAUUCUGCAGGCCUUGGGGAUAGACUCCGUCAAACACCUCAAGGAUCUUGUUCCGCUACUCUCGUCCAUCAUGUCGGAUCCGCUCGGUCUGGCCUACCCGUCGCUGCUCCAUGAAGGCGCAAAAGCGAUGCAAACGACGAUUGCCAACGCCUGGCCUAGAAUUACGGAAUGGAGAGGGGAUGUGCUGAAGGGUAUUUGCCUGUUGUGGAUCAGGCUAGAGGAGGAAGGUCAAGACAUCGAUCAGAGCAUCGCUGCAGACAUACGCAAGGAGCUUCGGGCUGUGGCGGACAUGCUGGCGAAGGUGAUGGAUACAAGGGACGCUGCGAGAGAGACGUGGACGCGAGAAAGAGACGAGCUCGUCGCUGCCGACGGACGCCUGCAGGAAUUGCUUGUCUAAGGCGCGCUCGACAUCUAUGAUGGACUACCUUUUUGACUUUUUACUUUGGAUAUGAACACGCCGCUUCUACCU